GUAGCAGACGACUAAUCCCGCGUCAAACAAUUUGUCCCACUCUGCUCUCUGCCACAUGUGCAGCGAUUGAACCGCUGAAUAACACGAAUCUUGUCUCAGUGGUAUCAUUUCUAAGAUGGUUAGCGCUUGGUACAUGGACGACUCGGACGAGGAUCAGCGUUUGGAUCACCAUAAAAAUCCACCCCAGCCUGUAGACAUGAAAGAUGUCGUCAAUCUUACUGGAGUACUCCACUGGAAGUUGAACAUUGACACGUACGAGGGAGACGGUAUGCUUGAUAAAAUCAAGAAAGAUAGAGGCUACAACUACGAGGAUGUGAUCGAGAUAUCACCCGAAAAGUUACCCAACUACGAAGAAAAGUUGAAGAUUUUCUUCUCCGAGCAUUUACACACUGACGAAGAAAUCCGAUUCGUAGUGGCUGGCUCCGGUUUUUUCGAUGUGAGAGACGCAAAGAAUGACAGCUGGAUCCGCAUUAAAGUGGAAGCUGGCGACUUGCUGAUUUUGCCCGCCGGCAUUUACCAUCGUUUUACGUUGGAUUCCUCGAACUACAUCAAGGCCAAGCGUUUCUUCGUUGGUGAACCUGUUUGGACUCCUUAUAACCGACCAGCCGAUGAAAUGCCUGCCCGCCUUGAAUAUUUGGCUUCCGUCCAAUCCAACUGACCAAGUGAUAUCCAAUUUUAACUUUUAAAAAUAUUAUAGGUAGAUUUGGAUUAGUCGUUAAAGGACCAUAUGAUAUUUUUCACUGUUCAAUUGUUAACGGGUUGGAAUUCUAACCGUUUUUUCUUCGAUUACAUUUUGGCU